AUGUCACGAGCUGCGACAUGUGUCCCGAAGGAGAAGUGCCAGAUUCCGACGCAAAGUUUCUGUGUGCCGAUACCGCCUGUGUCCAUGCAAUGGGACUCCACGUGGGCAAUGGUUCCGGCAGGUUUCUCACUGCUCGGUUUGGCAUCGACCACAUUCGUCGUCGGCGUUUUCUUGAAGUUCUCCAACACUCCUGUGAUCAUGGCAUCUGGACGUGAACUGUGCUACUGCAUGAUCAGCGGUAUAUCGAUGUGCUAUAUCCUAACGUUCUUCCUUGUUUCACAGCCUUCAAUACCGACAUGUGCUCUCACGAGGGUUCUUAUGGGUCUGUCGAUGUCAGCUAUCUAUGCGGCCAUCAUCACGAAGACGAAUCGGCUUGCACGAGUCUUCAAGCCGGACAGUGCCCAACGACCACGGUUCAUCACACCAAGAGCACAAGUUAGUCGAAUCUUGUCUUUGAAUAUGUCUGCAGAAGUCAUUUUGUGA